AUGUCGCUCCAACUGCCCCCCCGGCCGGAAGAGCCCCCCCUCAUGCGAACGCAGUCGCUGUCGAGCACCCCCGGCGCGACGCAGCGGGCCGCGAGCAUUAACACCGACCUAGACGCGUUUCUCAAAGAAGCGGGCUUCGGCGAUCUGUGCAGGACCGAGGCAACCAUGUCCCGGAGCAACAGCAUAAACUCGGAUUUCAGCAUGGAGGCGCUUAACACCACGUCGGUGUCGGGCAGGGCCCCGCAGCCGCGCUCGGCAGGCGGUGUCAAUCCCCCCUCGCAGCCGCGGUUUGGGAGCGGGUUACGAACGGGGGGGGGUGAACCGGGGAGUAUGUCAAUGCCCCACUUCGUUGCGGAGGAUUUUAGCGGCGAGUCGGGGGCGCCGCAGGGGGUGCUUGAAAGGGGGGAGAACUUGGGGGUGCGGCAGAGGGGGGGGGGAGUGCCGAGAAAGCUGGCGAGUGCGCUGUCCGCAGAGGCGCAGGACAUAGAAAAGAUUUUGAAGGGGGUCAAAAUGGACAAUCAACACCUCGACCAGCCUAAGUCGUGGAGCCCCUUGGAGUUUGGAGAAAGGGGGAACAGCUGAAAAAUCUCGGGUGAGAGGUGGGGUUACAUGGAUCAUAAGGAACAACGUCAAGUACUCGUUGAGACUCAAUCAGCCCACCCAAACAAGGGACUUUCUAGUGAAAGUCCGUCAGACGGGCAUGCGUGCUGUCUGCGAAAUGACACGCACGGACAACUCUCGACUCGAUCACAGUAGUCACUGCAUCAUUAGGGGAACGGCGAAGCCGACCGUAGUGUGUGAGAUUGCAGGAUUGCGAGAGUCGUCGAAAGAGUGACGUUCAGCGAAGCUACAGCAGAUUACUAAACGAGCGAAAGGCAGAAGUUGCCGAGGUACCUGUACAGCGUCAAAGAUGCACACUGUAUCGCAAAGCCCCUCCUAACGAUAUACGCAUUUGGGUAGGUCAGAAUCACACAGCGGACUCGCAACAGACGUUCAAGUUUGAGGCCCCUAACAGGUCGGCACUAAGAAGCAUCGAGUCCAGGUUGAAAGAUCAUUAAGGCACUAAAACAAGUAUAGGUGGACACUUGAAUUGGUCGUGAAAUGCUUUUG